ACACACACACACACACACACACACACUCUGCACAGAGAGAGAGAGAGAGCAGAGCCGCGGGAAGCAGCAGGCACGGCCACUGCCCCGGUCAGUGCUCGCGACAGUCCCCGGAUCUACCCUACUAACCAACGAGGACACUCUACACGGGAGUCCCGGAGUAUCCUUUCGUUCCAACGAAGAUAAGGAUACACGUUUCACCCCACAGACCUGAGAAGAAGAAUGUAAAAAAAAGAAGGAAAAUGCCUCGGAAAAAGCAAGACCAACCGCAGCGCUUAGGGCUACAAUCACGUAAGUGUAUUCGGUAAUACUGCUUUCUGCUCUGUUCAGUGGAGCGGUAACCAGGGGCGGAGAGGUGAAACGGGGAAGGGAUACGGUAGCACGAGAGGGAGAUGAGCGGUGGAAUACCGUAGCCUGAGAGGUCUGGAUCUACUGCACCCCGGCAGCUCGCGGGCGGCAGCCAUGUUGUGAACCGAGAGAGCUGGAGCGGGUACGCAAGCCGUGACCGCAAGCCUUGACCGAGGGGCCGGUGGAUCAAUAACGGGAUGGGGAUAAGGCCCCAGCAGCAGACACAGUCACAGAAGAAGAAGAGAUGAGUUGUGUCAGUGAUACAGAGGAAAGAACACCCACCUCCUCCCCCAAACCUCCCCCAUCCCUGACCCCUACACCCACCUCCUCCCCCAAACCUCCCCCAUCCCUGACCCCUACACCCACCUCCUCCCCCAAACCUCCCCCAUCCCUGACCCCUACACCCACCUCCUCCCCCAAACCUCCCCCAUCCCUGACCCCUACACCCACCUCCUCCCCCAAACCUCCCCCAUCCCUGACCCCUACACCCACCUCCUCCUCCAACCCACUGGACCACAACGCUACACCAACACCCACCUCCUCUUCCAUGGUCGUCCAGGAUCGAGGCCCGGGUCUGGGGUUAGGCCAGGAUCUCUGCCAGGACACCAAGGAUAACCCGGAUAAGGACUUGUCCCUCUCCUCCAUCCUGGCCCUGCUGUGUGGGGGGAACCCUCUCCAAGGCCUGGGUAGAGAGCUAGCUUCCAGCCCACCCUGUGCCCUGGUGCCUGUGGUUACGACCCUGGGAGGAGAGGGAAGGAUGAAGGGAGGAAGGAGAGAAGGAGGAAGAGAGGGAGACUCUUCUCCACUGGGUUUACUCCCAGAUGUCCCUCCUCUCUCCCAGCAUUCUUUGCAGCUCAGCGCCCUGGCCCAGAGAGUAGCCAAGAACUCCUCCUCCUCCUUUUCUUUCACCCUCUCCUCCUCCUCCUCUCCUGCUGCUGUCUCCUCUAAUCAGCAGGUGUCUGGGUGUUCCUCCAGGGACUUCCAUGGGAGGCCGGCAGGGCUGGAUGUGUGGCCCAGCCUCGGGUGCUCCUGGGCAGGUAAAGAGGGCCGCCUCUCCCCUGAUUCUGCCAUCCAGAGGCUGAGAGAAGCAGCAGCCAAUGCUGUGCUACACAACAGGCCCACGGCACCCUCCUCCUCUUCCUCUCUCUCUUCCUCCUUUAUCCCCUCCUCCUCUUCCUCUUUUAUCCCCUCUUUGUCUCCCUCCCUUUCUUCCUCCUUUAUCCCCGCCUCUCCCUCCCUCUCUUCCUCCUUUAUCCCCUCCUCCUCCUCUCCCUCCCUCUCUUCCUCCUUCAUCCCCUCCUCCUCCUCUCCCUCCCUCUCUUCCUCCUUUAUCCCAUCCUCCUCUCCCUCCCUCUCUUCCUCCUUUAUCCCCUCCUCCUCCUCUCCCUCCUUUAUCCCCUCCUCUCCCUCCCUCUCUUCCCCCUUUAUCCCCUCCUCCUCCUCUCCCUCCCUCUCUUCCUCCUUUGUCCACUCCUCCUCUCCCUCUCACUCCUCCUCUAUAGCUGCAGGAGGUGCAGGGUUGCAGGAGGGCUUGUGUCUGACCCUGGACUCCUUUCCCAGCCCCCUCUCCGCUCCCUCUUCCUCCGCUAGCUCCACCCUCACUGCCCUGUCCCAGAAGGUCAACCUGCGAGGUCAGGGUUCUAAGGUCACCGGGUCAGAGGUGACAGGCUCAGGCCAGCAGCGUUCUACCUCCCCCUACUCCUUCCUCUCCUUCCUCUCCCCCGAUCCUCCGUCUCAGCUCACAGAACAGAGCUCCUCCAGGGUAGUGGAGAAUCAGAGGGGGCCAGAGCCUAGCCCCAUGGAGGAGAACCAAACCCGGGCAGAGAACCAGGUCUCAGCUCCUCCUCAGCCCCAGGUGGAGAUGCCCAGCCUGCAUCCAUUACUGAUCACCAACCCCCUGGGAGAGAUCAACCCUGGAGGACCAGCAGGUGUAUUCCAGUGUUCAGUGUGCGGUCUGCGGAUGAAGAGGAAGAGCUAUUGGAGGAGGCACAUGUCGGUUCACACAGGGUUAAAGAGUCAACAGUGUCAGCUCUGUCCCUUCCGCUGCGCACGCAAGGACAACCUGACCGCGCACAUGAAGGUUCACAGGCAGCAGGAGAAAGGGGAAGAGUUUCAGUGUGACCUUUGCCCUUUCACCUCAUUCCGCCUCUUCAGCCUAAAGCUGCACAUGAGACGCCACCAGAGAACUAACCCCGGAGACACACACACUCCCACACAGGAAAUACACACGGAGAGAGACCGCGAGGGGAAGGAGGAAACAGAGACAGGGGAGGAGAGGGAGAAGGUGGGAGAGAUGAAGAACGAGGAAGAUAGAGAGGGAAAGAGUCAUUCCCCUGAGCAGGCCGCAUUGAAGCCUGGGUGUAGAGUACAGCUCACCCCCAGACCCCUCGACACUGCUCUCUGCUACUCCUCCAGUCAAACUCCUCUGUACCCUGCCUCUGUGAAGCAAGAAGCCCUGGAGGUAGAGAGGGAGGGAGAGAGGGAGGGAGAGGGGCAGGGCGAGAGGGAGGGAGAGAGGGAGGGAGAGGGGCAGGGCGAGAGGGAGGGAGAGAGGGAGGGAGAGGGGCAGGGCGAGAGGGAGGGAGAGAGAGGAAAGGGGAGAGAUAAAGAAGUCCGUGUGAAAGAGGAGCCUCAAGAGAGGGAGUUCUCAACCCCUCUCCUCUCUCACCAUCUAACCCCCCUCCAACCCUCUCUCACCCUCAAGAGGAACAGGCGCAAGGCCAAUACCCCCCCUGACUCCCCCUCUCCACCCCAACGCAGAACACACACACCAAACACACACACACCCAGCCCCCUCACACACACACCCCUCACACACAUCCCCAUCAUGAUUCCCAUGGCGACCUCGCUCUUCAGCCCUGACAUCAACACGAAGACCGCCUCUGACCUGCUCAUCAAACUCUCAGCAGCCACCCAGCAGGCCAGGGUAGAGCCAGGGGCUGUGGUGAAGCAGGAGCCCCAGGAGGAGGACCUGAGCCCUGGGCAGCAGCAGCAGGCAGGUGAGCCUGGUCUGGCUCUCUCUCCAGAUGGGCCUGGGGCUAGUCCUGAGCCCCCCACCUCCCACCUCACCCGACCAGAGGAGGAGAGAGACAGAGGCCUGCUGGAGCAAGACAUCAGUAGAGAGAGAGGCCUGCUGGAGCAAGACAUCAGUAGAGAGAGAGGCCUGCUGGAGCAAGACAUCAGUAGAGAGAGAGGCCUGCUGGAGCAAGACAUCAGUAGAGACAGAGGCCUGCUGGAGAGAGAGAGAGUACCAAUAGACAUCAGUGUCACUUUGGCUUCUGAACUGCUCAGGAGACUGUCUGAGAAGCAGGAAGUGGUGGUCCAGGGUUUAAAUGUGAAAGAGGAGGAGGAGCCUAUGGAGAUUGACCCCCUGACCCCCAGCGUGACACCUGACCCUAUCCUGCCCCCAGGGGAGCGAGCGGAGUCCGGGAGGGGUGAGAAGACACCCCCUCCACCUCUCCUCCCUAAAGAAGACCAGGAUCUGUUCCAGAAAGAUCUCUUCUCCCAGGACAUCUCAGUCAAAAUGGCCUCUGCUCUCCUUUACCAACUGUCAGAAAAAGUCUGCAAAGCCAACGAGCUGAAAGAAAACAGAUCCUUCUCCAGCCCUGUGGCGGAGAAGCUGUUUACACACACGCCCUCUACCCGCCCGAACCAGCGGGACCUUACUCAACCCUCCCCAGACAAACCACGGCACGUAGUCAGUAGGUAUAGGUGUCCAGUGUGUUCGUACCAAGCCCAGUGUCAGAGGAGUCUCAACCAUCACCUGGCUUCACACACUUCUAAGACACACACCACCGGCUUCAACUACUACUACAGGUGUCAUGUGUGCGGGUUUGAGCUGGAGGGGUGGAGCCUGUUCCUUGGUCACAUGACGGAGCACAGCGAAUGGGAGCGCGAUGCGUUCACUCUCCGCUGCAGUGUGUGUGAUCACUCCACCAGUGAGGAGCGGGCCAUGAGGGCUCACGCCAGCUCUCACACACUUGGAGAGGCAGCGAGCCAAGACUACCUACAGACACACCUGUUGGGAGGCCACACCCCCAAAGACUUACCUGAUGGUAGAGACAGCCCACAAUCUGGAGAGCUCAGGUGCCCUCUCUGUUCGUUCUCCACCAGUCGGCCGGUCUCCAUGGUAACACACAUGCGCUCGUCGCACUCAACGACGGAUCAGCACCGUUGCCGCAUCUGCCAAAGGUCGUUUUCACGGCAACCGGAGCUCCAGGCCCACGUCAGGUGUCAUCGUCAGGGCAACCAGUACCGCUGCGAGAGGUGUGGCCACCUGGCCCGAACAGCCAAUAAGCUGAUAGAACACGUGCGUGUGCACACUGGGGAGCGACCUUUCACCUGCGACCUCUGCCCUUACAGCGCCAAACGUCGAGACAGCCUCCGUCUGCACUGCAGACUCAAACACCCCGAACACACACCCUCACACGGACACACACACACACCCUCACACGGACACACACACACACCCUCACACGGACACGGACACACACACACACCCUCACACGGACACACACACACACCCUCACACGGACACACCCACACACCCUCACACGGACACACACACACACCCUCCUGGUUUAGGGGGUCAGACCUUUUUCUCGUCCCCCUCACCACCCUGCUCUCCCUCAGACCCCUCUCUAGCCCCAGACCCUCCUCUCCCUCCCGCUCUUCCUCUCCUUCACCCAAACUCUCUUUCCUAGCCUACCUAGGUCUGACAGAGCCAACCUAAUCAACCUCCCUCCUCCUCUACCCCCUUUCUCCUCUUCGUCUCUACCUCUCUUCUCCUCCCUCCUCUACCCCUUUCUCCUCUUCGUCUCUACCUCUCUUCUCCUCCCUCCUCUACCCCUUUCUCCUCUUCAUCUCUACCUCUCUUCUCCUCCAUCCCUCCUCUACCUCUCUUCUCCUCUUCAUCUCUACCUCUCUUCUCCUCCCUCCUCUACCCCUUUUCUCUUCUUCGUCUCUACCUCUCUUCUCCUCCCUCCCUCCUCUACCUCUCUUCUCCUCCCUCCUCUACCCCUUUUCUCUUCUUCGUCUCUACCUCUCUUCUCCUCCCUCCCUCCUCUACCCCUUUUCUCCUCUUCUUCUCUACCUCUCUUCUCCUCCCUCCUCUACCCCUUUCUCCUCUUCAUCUCUACCUCUCUUCUCCUCCCUCCUCUACCCCUUUUCUCCUCUUCUUCUCUACCUCUCUUCUCCUCCCUCCUCUACCCCUUUCUCCUCUUCAUCUCUACCUCUCUUCUCCUCCCUCCUCUACCCCUUUUCUCCUCUUCAUCUCUACCUCUCUUCUCCUCCCUCCUCUACCCCUUUCUCCUCUUUGUCUCUACCUCUCUUCUCCUCCCUCCUCUACCCCUUUUCUCCUCUUCUUCUCUACCUCUCUUCUCCUCCCUCCUCUACCCCUUUUCUCCUCUUCAUCUCUACCUCUCUUCUCCUCCCUCCUCUACCCCUUUUCUCCUCUUCUUCUCUACCUCUCUUCUCCUCCCUCCUCUACCCCUUUCUCCUCUUCAUCUCUACCUCUCUUCUCCUCCCUCCUCUACCCCUUUUCUCCUCUUCAUCUCUACCUCUCUUCUCCUCCCUCCUCUACCCCUUUCUCCUCUUCGUCUCUACCUCUCUUCUCCUCCCUCCUCUACCCCUUUCUCCUCUUCAUCUCUACCUCUCUUCUCCUCCAUCCCUCCUCUACCUCUCUUCUCCUCCCUCCUCUACCCCUUUCUCCUCUUCAUCUCUACCUCUCUUCUCCUCCAUCCCUCCUCUACCUCUCUUCUCCUCCCUCCUCUACCCCUUUUCUCCUCUUCUUCUCUACCUCUCUUCUCCUCCCUCCCUCCUCUACCUCUCUUCUCCUCCCUCCUCUACCCCUUUUCUCCUCUUCUUCUCUACCUCUCUUCUCCUCCCUCCCUCCUCUACCUCUCUUCUCCUCCCUCCUCUACCCCUUUUCUCUUCUUCGUCUCUACCUCUCUUCUCCUCCCUCCCUCCUCUACCUCUCUUCUCCUCCUCCUCCUCUCCCAACAGUCACACAGGGCUAAUGUAAUAUGUCCUCAGGACGAUAAAGACUGAACUAAAUGCAGGAUGUCAAAACUAAAACAACAAGGUCUAAUAUUGUGCGUGUGUAUAUAUUUAUAUACACUAUUACUGAACAUAGUCAAUAAGGCUCUGCACCCCUGCACUAGUUAUAUAUUACAACUUCCUCUAUGCUUCGCAAACAUUAUUGUGAUUUUUAUAAGGCAUCCCCAAAUGGCACCCUUUGUUGUGCACUACUUUUAGCCAAGGCUCAUAGGGCGCUGGUCCAAAGUAGUGCACUACAUAGGAAAAAGGGCGCCAUUUUGGGACGUAUCCUUUUAUUACAUGUAUAAAUGUCUGCCUUGUCCGUUGGUAUAUCCGAACUCUACUGGCUCUUGAUUGGCUUAUAGAUUAUGUUGUUUUUAUGUAUAAUGACACCGUAGACUAGAAUAUACUAUAAUAUAUAUGAAUAUACUUCUCAGUUCUUCUUUUGGCAUCCGGUCAGAAUGUUUGGUUUGUCUAAAUGUUUUUUUAUACAGUAUUUCAUUAUCCUUAUAAAAGAAAAGGCUAAACAGGGUUUGCUGUUUGGAAUAAGGCUACAGUUUGUCAGCCAGCUCUCAAUGUCUACAAAUAAUGUAUCAUAAAAAUAAAAAUAAAAAGUUUUGUUUAAUUGCAA